AUCCAGAGUACACUUCCAACAACAGCACUCGCCAGUUCAGCUGCUUUGAGGGAGUUUCUAGAAGACAGGAUGUCACACUCAGCUUUGGCCCUCUGCCUCUUACUUAUCACAGUUCCUUCCAACCUUGCCAUGGCAAUUAAAAAGGAAAAGAAACGUCCUCAGACACUCUCCAGAGGAUGGGGAGAUGACAUCACUUGGGUACAAACUUAUGAAGAAGGUCUCUUUUAUGCUCAAAAAAGUAACAAGCCACUGAUGGUUAUUCAUCACUUGGAAGAUUGUCCAUACUGCCAAGCACUAAAAAAGGUAUUUGCUCAAAAUGAAGAAAUACAAGAAAUGGCUCAGAAUGAUUUCAUCAUGCUGAAUCUUAUGCAUGAGACCACUGAUAAAAAUUUGUCACCAGAUGGGAAAUAUGUGCCAAGAAUCAUGUUUGUUGACCCUUCUCUCAUGGUCAGAGCUGAUAUAACUGGAAGGUACUCUAAUAGAUUGUACACAUAUGAACCUCAAGACUUGUCAGUAUUGAUAGAAAACAUGAAGAAAGCAUUAAGACUUAUUCAAUCAGAAUUAUAA